ACAUAUAGGUGCGCUAUUAGUAUUGGUAAUCGCUUUAACAGUUUUGUACGCUUAUAAGGGACCGUCAUUGAGUUCGAUCAAAUCCACUAUCAGGAGACGUAUGAACAAACAUGAAUAUAUACCACUCGACUUUAAUAGCCAGCUUGAAGCCGGUAUAUCGAGCAAUACGUUUAAUCUAGAUGAAAAUAUCACAGAAGAUGAAGCUAGACAGGGUCUCGACGCAAGAGGCGUUGAAGAAAUAGACAGAAUGAUGAGAAGAGAAGGUUUGACUUUUGAUCAGGCGAGACUAAAACGGCAUAAUAAGAUCUUAGCAGACAACGGGAUCAGCAGCGACGGGAAGCCAAAAGAUCCUAAAUUUGUAUCA